AUGAAGACAGCCCUGCUGUUCCUUGUUGCCUUGGCUGUGGCUUCUGGGCCAGCCCAGGCUCUCCAGUGUCACGUAUGCACAAGCUCCACCAACUGUGAGAAACCUCAGAGCUGCUCAGUCAACUCCAGCUUCUGCAAGACGGUGACCAAGGUGGAGCCCCUAUCUGGGAACCUGGUGGAGAAGGACUGCGCGGAGUCGUGCACGCCCACGCACAACCUGCAGGGCCAAGUCAGCAGAGGGGCCUCGGCCACCCUGUGCUGCACGGGCGACCUGUGCAACGAGAGUCUGCAGAGCGCUGCGCCCGCCCGCGCCCUGCUCACCAGCGCCCCCCUCGGCCUGGCGCUGGCCCUGGGCCUCCACGCCCUCACCUGGGCCGCCAGCCUGUGA